GUCGUAGGGUUUUGUUUGUUAGGUUUUUGGUGUACCAGAAGGUAAUUGACUUCUUUAACAUGUUUCUAUGUUUUUCAGAUCAUUUAAAAAAUGUCUGCUCCACCUUUGAAAGUGACACAAAGCAAUGCUCUUGUCUGUUUGUAUCUUCUUUCCCAAAGCUUUAUUGUCCCCUACCGGUGAAACUGGAGGGGACUUAUGGUUUGCACUCCGUCCGUCCGUCUGUCAGUCGGUCCGUCACACUUUUCUGGAUCCUGCAAUAACUUUAAAAGUUCUUAAUAUUUUUUCAUGAAACUUGAAACAUGGAUAGAUGGCAAUAUGGAGAUUAUGCACGUCAUUUUAUUUUGUUCCUAUGUCAAAAAUUCUGGUUGCUUUGGCAACAAAUAUAUAAAAAAAAAAUUAUUUUUUACUGACAAUGGUGGAGUUUCACCGGUAGGGGAGCAUAUUGGCAAUCUCUUGUUCAAUAAAUUAUAAUCAAUUAUUUUUUCAACUUAAUGAUGUAAUUAUUUGCUGUUGUGAUAAAAGGGUUUCUACUUAAAAUAAAUACAAAACAAAGAAACAUUAAGAAUGUUAUUCACAGCCAAUAACAAAAUAUGGCAUGUGUCAGAACUUCAGAAUUCUUGAGUAAUAAAAGAUAGCAGAGACAGGGACUAUUGUCUAUUUAUAUGUAUUCAAGUACUCUUAGUAAUAAAGUGAUUUUAAUGUGAACAUAUAAUUUAUAUUUUACCAGAGAAAAUUACAGAUUUAUUUUAAUGGGUGUUUUUUCAAAAAAUUUCAUGUAGUUAUUUGUAUUGCAUGAACACUUAUCUGGAACACUGUAUAUAAACAAAAACUCAUUAUGUUUAUUAAUUUCAACUUAAAUUUUUUGUAUUUUUCUAAACAUGAAAAUUAAUCAAAUGCUUGCAUGUAUAUUCAAUCAUAGACAAGGAACAUGUUCACCCGGGAUGGCCUUCAUCUUAAUGCCAGUGGUGCUCGUGGCUGUUUAGAGAAGGUCCUUGACGACAUGCAGCCAGUGACUGAUGUCCACCAGAUUGAAGCUGAGCCUGUUGUUCUUGAUUGUGUUUGGCCUCCAGUUUCCACUCCAGCCAUGGUGUCUGAUGCAAAUACCAAAUCAUACGCAGAUGUUGUUCGAAUGGCUCCUGCUGCAACUGCUGUCAUCAAGCCACUUCAAAAGACUUCACUACAUCCCAAGAUUACGAAGAAGAUGGUGGUUGUCUGCAAGGAACGAAAACGUCAACUAAGACCAAUUUUAGGCCGGAAGGAGUUCCAGAAAUCUAAGACUGUUGAUGAAAGAUGUCCGACAGCAACCAGUACGAAGGAUUGUAUAGUUGUAGAACUUGCCCAGACCGUUGCAGUGGAGGUGAAGGCUUCAAAUAUCUGUGGAACAUACCUGAAGAAGAGGAAAGAAGUGGCACAACCCUGCAGACAGAAGAACCCACCCGCAUGUCGUCCUUUAUUGAUGAAGCUGAAAAAGAAGGCGCACAUUUCGUGUCCAGAAUGCAGGGUUGUUUGCACCAACGAAGACGCUUUGCUGAGCCACUUCUGCAGUCGCCACAUCAAGCAACCGGAGACUGGAAAAGAGAGUAAAAUUAAGCUAAUAGCUUCACCCAUGAUUGCAUCUGCUAAUCAAGAACUCAACGAAGUCAGCUCAAGGAAGUGGAAGGGAUGCUUGGAAAAUAGAAGUUUCCAUUGUGAAGGAACAUACGAACAUUUCCCUCCCACCAUGUGGAUGAAGAUGUUUGGACUGAUGAUGCUGGGUCAUAUGUGUGGACAAGGUGGUCUUCAUUACAUCAUGAUGCAGCUGUGUAUUCAGCAACAUAUUAACCUGUCCGAGCGGAUGUUGAUGCUCUCAAAUGAUGUUGAGAAAAACCCAGGACCGGUACUUUAUGACAAAUUAUACAUUGUUUAUUGA